GCAUGCGCAGUUACAAAAAUGGCUGUAAUGGCUAUCUACAACGGUCUGAUCGGAGUUGUUUUAGAGGCUCCUACAUACCACCUAUUUCUCGAAGCUCUUCUUGUCGUCUGGAUCGUUUACCUCAUCGGUUUUUCACAAAGUUACAGAAGCUCUCGAAAGCCUACCGAGUUAACUCACGAGGAACAAGAGGGAUUGAUUCGUGACUGGCAGCCCGAGCCGCUGGUAAUGCCAAGUAACAACAGCUUGCCUUUGCAAAAUCGUGUGGUCUCAGGAGCAAUUGGACCAUUUGCUCAAGUUGAUGGUAAAACAUGUCUCAAUCUUGUUUCUCUUAAUUUUCUUGGUCUGCUGGGGCACAAAGACAUUGAGGAAGCGGCUGCAAGUGCGUUGAAUCGGUAUGGAGUUGGAUCAUGUGGACCGAGAGGAUUUUAUGGAACUUUUGAUGUCCAUCUUGAACUUGAAAAGCGACUUGCUGAUUUCAUGAACACGGAGGAGGCUGUUCUUUAUUCAUACAAUUUUCCCAGUGUUGCAAGCGCGAUUCCUGCAUACUCAAAACGAGGCGACGUGAUCUUUGUGGAUGAAGGAGUAUGCUUUGCAGUCCAGAAAGGCUUGCAGGCAUCACGGAGUCUCAUAAAGAAAUUUAAGCACAAUGAUGUGGAUGAUCUUGAAAGACUGCUAAAGGAGCAGCAGAAAGAAGACGACAAUAAUCCCAGAAAGGCAAAAGUGACUCGUCGUUUCAUGGUAGUCGAAGGUCUAUACAUGAACUAUGGAGACAUCUGUCCACUGCCAGAGCUGAUUGCGUUGAAGUACAAGUAUAAAGUACGUUUGUUUAUUGAUGAGUCUGUUUCGUUUGGAGUUUUGGGUGCAAAUGGUCGAGGCGUUACUGAGCAUUUUGGCGAUCAGGUCAAUGGAAUGAAGGAUGUUGAUCUGAUAUCUGCUAGUUUAGAGAACUCUGUAGCAUCAAUAGGAGGAUUUUGCUGUGGCACUUCGUAUGUUAUAGAUCAUCAACGUUUGUCAGGCAUAGGAUACUGCUUUUCAGCCUCCCUUCCUCCUCUACUUGCAUCCGCAGCAAUUGCAGCUCUAAACAUCAUGCAAGAGAAGCCAGAAAUGUUCAACGAACUGAAAGAGAAGGUGGAGUGUCUGAGGAAAAAGUUGGAAAACGUUGAUGGUCUGGAUGUGAUGGGAGCUCAAGAAGCACCGAUUCUUCAUCUCAGAUUGACAACAUCGACUGGUCAACGACGCAGUGAUGAAGCAUUGUUGCAAAAAAUUGUAGACAAGGCAUUUGAUGAAGACGUCGCAAUCACAUGUGCUCAGUAUCUCGAAGAAAUGAAUCAACCACCUCCCACUAUACGUCUGUCGGUCUGCAUCAGCCACAGUGAUGAUGAUCUAGAACGAGCGGCGAUUGUUAUCAACAAGGCAGCUAAGCAAGUCUUGGAAACACGAGAGAGAGAGUGACAUAAAACGUCAUAGACUUGAUUGUGGUGCUUGUUUUUGAUCCAAUUUUUUCUUGUAUAGAGGAGAUAUAUGACCUUGUGUUGUGACGUAGAUCCAAUGUCCAAUGUUAUGUUGCUCAGCCUGCA